AUGUCAACCGCCGCUGUGGGCGCGGCGCGAGCGGUGGUCGAGUACGCGCGAUCGGGCCGCGCUGCGUGUCGGCACUGUAGCAAGGCGGUAGCUAAGGAUGAUGUUCGAGUCGGCGUCGUGACGAAAGGCAAUGGCGGAUUCGAUGUCACCAAAUGGUACCAUCCUCCCUGUGUCGCCGCGGCCAACUCGCUCUCGAUAGAGUCGCCAUCCAGCUUACAAGGAUUCACGCGAUUGAAGCCUGCCGCUGCUGCUGCCGCUGCCGCUGCUGCUGCCGCUGCCGUCGCUGCCGCUGCUGAAAGUGGGAGGGGCGGGAAGGGGAAGAGGGUGAUGGAAGGAGCUGCUGGGGAGGAGGUUAGGGCAGGAGCGGUGCUGGAUGGUGUUGAAGCAGGGGUUGCUUGUAACGCGGAUGAGAGCAACAGUGAGGACUCCAGUGGACCUGAGACGAAGAGGAGUAAGGUUGCAAGCGCAGGCUCUGCCGUCUACCCUGCUCCUUCACCUGCUGUGAAGAAAGUUCUGGGAACCUUCUCCCGUCAGUCACUCAAGGGGGUGUAUAAGGGCGUUCCUCUGCCUCCUGGCUGGUUCGGAUUCUCCUCCGUCAUCCUUCACGAGAGCCCUGAUUUGAAGCCAUCAAGUCGAAUUGCUGCCUUUGAUUUCGAUGGCUGCUUGGUCAACACCAACGUGCGCAUCAUGGGCCCAAACGCCUGGUCUCUCAUGUUUGAAACAGUUCCCAGCGUUCUGCAGCAGUUUCACCAAGCAGGCUACAAAAUCGUCAUCUUCACCAACGAGUCCAACAUCGAUCGCUUCACCAAGCAGCGACACAAGGCCAUUGAGAGCAAGAUCGGCCGACUGAAUGGAUUCAUGCGCGCCGUGCCAGGCGUACCCAUGCAGAUCUUCAUUUCCUGUGGUCGCAGCAACUCAGGUGACCUGUUCCGGAAACCAGAAGGGGGGCUCUGGCAUUUGCUGUGCGAGUGUGGGAACGAAAAGAGACCAGUGGUUUGGGAGAGCUCAUUCUUUGUGGGAGAUGCAGCUGGUCGCCCUCAGGACCACAGUGAUUCCGACCAGGUGUUUGCUCAGAGACUAAACCUGCCGUUUUAUCUGCCUGAAGACGUGUUUGGGCCAUCCCCGUCAGCGUUGAACCAGCUUCUUGCACCACCACCAUCUACAGUAAUAUCAUAA